CGUUCUCUUUUCCACGUUUCGCCGGCUCGCCUCUGCAUCACAUCCUGCCACUUCACCGCCACUUUACGAGGCUUUCUGCACAAAAGCAACAUUUUAAUGACACCCACGUCAGAGCAGCGUCACACCUUGUAACUGUGGCGUCAGGUAACUCGCAGACGUUGCGGUAACGUUGGCGAAACGUUUGUUUUCCCUCUUGUUGCAAACUGCUGUCACAGUUUCAUCAGCAGCUCUGUCGGUCAGGGGAGGAGUCAGAGCCCACACCUCUGCUCCAGUGUCUGUGAUCAAUAAAAGAAUAAGUGGUUAAAGAAGAUGAGCAGGACUCAAUAAGAAGACGGUGCAGAGGACAGGUACACACACACACACGGGACAAGCUCAGACUUCAAGAAUCAAGUCACAUUAAACACACCAUGCUGCUGCGAAGGCUGACCCUGUGUUCAAGGAGCCCGCUGGAUUUACAGAGACACGUAUGCCGGGUGCUCACCAGACCACUGACACAAGUUCCCCAGGGGAGAGCCCGUGGUAGCUCCUUUGCACACCGCAGUGAACUGCGUCAUGCCAAGAGGAUCGUAGUCAAGCUCGGCAGUGCCGUGGUCACCCGUGGUGAUGAAUGCGGCCUGGCCUUGGGAAGGCUGGCAUCCAUCGUGGAGCAGGUGGCCAUGCUGCAGAAUCAAGGUAGGGAGAUGAUGAUUGUCACCAGCGGAGCAGUGGCUUUUGGCAAGCAAAGAUUAAGACACGAGAUCCUGCUGUCCCAGAGUGUCCGACAGGCUCUGCACUCGGGACACAAUCAGCUCAAAGACAUGUCUUUGCCAGUGCUGGAGGCUCGGGCCUGUGCUGCAGCUGGACAGAGUGGCCUGAUGGCCCUGUAUGAGGCAAUGUUCACCCAAUACAGUACUUGCACUGCACAGGUCCUGGUAACGAAUCUGGAUUUCCAUGACGACGACAAGAGGCAGAACCUGAACAGCACACUGCAGGAGCUGCUACGCAUGAACAUCGUGCCCAUCAUCAACACCAAUGACGCUGUGGUGCCCCCACCGGAGCCCAACAGCGACCUGCAGGGGGUAAAUGUGAUCAGCAUUAAGGAUAACGACAGUCUGGCGGCGCGACUAGCUGUCGAGAUGAAGGCUGACCUGCUCAUCGCGCUGUCUGACGUGGAAGGACUGUAUGACAGCCCCCCUGGAACAGAUGACGCCAAAUUCAUUGACAUCUUCUACCCUGGAGACCAGCAGUCCAUCAUCUAUGGUACAAAGUCCAGAGUUGGGCUUGGAGGGAUGGAGGCCAAAGUCAAGGCUGCUCUCUGGGCCCUGCAAGGUGGCACCUCAGUGGUCAUUGCAAACGGCACCCACCCCAAAGUAACAGGUCAUGUCAUCACUGACAUCGUAGAAGGCAAGAAAGUGGGAACAUUCUUCUCUGAGAUCAAACCUGCAGGCCCAACUGUGGAGCAGCAGACUGAAAUGGCUCGAAACACUGGAAGAACCCUGGCAUCUCUGCACCCAGACCAGAGGAGUGAGAUCAUCUGCCAUCUAGCUGAGCUUUUGACUGAAAGGAAGGAAGAGAUUCUGGCUGCCAACAAGAUGGACAUGGACUUGGCUGCAAAUGCAGGCCAUUUGCCACCAGCCAUGCUAAACCGGCUAAGCUUGUCACCAGCCAAACUCAACAGCUUGGCCAUAGGUCUGCGCCAGAUCGCCGUGGCCGCCCAGGACAGUGUGGGUCGUGUGCUGCGCAGGACCAGGGUGGCUCACAAUCUAGAGCUGGAGCAGAUCACUGUGCCCAUCGGAGUUCUUCUGGUCAUCUUUGAAGCCCGACCUGACUGCCUGCCACAGGUGUCGGCAUUGGCCAUAGCCAGUGGCAACGCACUCCUGCUGAAGGGAGGCAAGGAGGCAGCCAACACCAACCGUGUCCUCCACCAGCUCACCCAGGAAGCCCUUUCCAUGCAUGGAGUCACAGAGGCUGUGCAGCUGGUGAGCACUCGCGAGGAGGUGGAGGAUCUGUGCCGACUGGACAAGAUGAUCGACUUGAUUAUCCCUCGUGGUUCAUCCCAGCUGGUGCGGGACAUUCAGCGGGCGGCCAAGGGCAUCCCGGUGCUGGGUCACAGUGAGGGAAUCUGCCACGUCUACGUCGACGCUGACGCAGCCAUCGACAAAGUCAUCAAAAUCGUCAGAGACUCCAAGUGUGACUACCCAGCUGCGUGUAAUGCCAUGGAAACUCUGCUGAUCCACAGAGACAUCCUCAGGACCCCACUGUUCGACCAGAUCAUUGACAUGCUGCGCACUGAGCGGGUGAAGAUUCAUGCAGGCCCUCGGUUCGCCUCCUACCUGACAUUCAGCCCAUCAGAGGCAAAGUCCCUGCGGAUAGAGUACGGUGACCUGGAGUGCUGCAUGGAGGUGGUGGACAGCAUGCAGGAGGCUGUGGACCAUAUUCAUAAAUAUGGCAGCUCCCACACAGACGUUAUCAUCACAGAAAAUGAGGACACGGCGGAGCAGUUCCUGCAGCAGCUGGACAGUGCCUGUGUUUUCUGGAACGCAAGCUCCCGUUUUGCUGAUGGCUACCGCUUUGGACUGGGAGCAGAGGUAGGUAUUAGCACGGCUCGUAUCCAUGCCCGGGGCCCUGUUGGCCUUGAGGGACUGCUCACCACAAAGUGGGUCCUGAGAGGUGAUGGGCACACAGCUGCUGACUUCUCUGAGCAUGGCACCAUGAAGUACCUCCAUGAAAACCUGCCUGUUGGGCAGCCUCUUCCUGGGCAGAGGGACAGCAACUAGAUCAGAGACUUUCACAACACACACUUGGCCUUAACAUUGGUCGAAAUGGUUUGCAUUGCCCAGCAGCUCCCCCUGGGGUUUUGUUGCAGAUAAUGACUGAUGUCAUUGUUUCUAAACCUCUUAAGCACACAGCAUGGAGAGAGACGCUUAACGCACCAGUGGUUCAUUUUUAUCAGCACAACCAGAGUUCUCCCUGUUCAGACUAUACUGUUGUUCCGGGAUGAAGAGUUUACACAUUUUAAAUGCUACCUCAGCUUUAAUAUGAUACUUUUUAAUAUGAUCACCCUCAUGUAGGACAGGAGGUAGGAUGUGGUGAUCACAACAUGUGGUACCUCCACAAUAAUACAUCAAAUGAAACUGAGAAAGAGCAGAUUUGACUUUAAGUUAAAUAAACAUUUGUUAUCAUUUAUCAAGGGAAACUGAAGAGCUUGAAUUCUUUAAUCUCAGGACAAGAUUUUGAAAGGGAUGCUAAUUCACAGAGGCAUUAUUUAAUUUCAUCAUAAAAAAAGUGAAUGAGAAAGAAGAAUGUGGAAAUAAUUUCUACCAAAAAUCUAUUUACUUUUCCUUUUAUUGUGUAAAGGUUGUUGUAGCCAAUAAAAACACAUUAUUGCAUGUUGUACAUUUUAUCUAAAAAUCUAUUUUAUUUAUUUGAUAUUGUACAUCAUGGUCUAUUCUCUCCAAAAAUCAAGUUCCAAUUUUAAUUGUACAUUAUUAUCGAAGGCUCACUUCAUGCUGAUUAUACUGUAAGUGCUUUCUUUGUUCAUGUAACAUCAUUUAUUUUAUUUUCUUGCUGUAACUCUAGGUUAAUAUUCUGUAUGUUUCUACAGCGCUGGUGUAGGUUAUUUCAGAUAUGGACUAAUGCCACUUCAGGCUGGCAUUUGAUAGUUGUUUCACUAUGUCGUGGUGUUACAGAUUUUAAGGCAUUCUGCAUUACAACUUAAUUAUGAGAUUAAAAUGUGACAAACAUUUAUAAUAGUAUAAGAAACAUCUGUUUUAUAGCAACGCAAGUUAAAAGACACUCCAACUUUUAUGCAUCGAUUUUAUUUACUUUUUUAUUUAUUUGAUCAUUGUUACAAGUUUUGCUCAUUUUUCCAUGCUUUGCUGCCUUCUUGCUUGUUCCUUGUGGCGCCCAGAGCCCCUGUCAGAGCAGGAACAGUAAUUGACAAGCUGCCUCCUUCAAGCUGGAGGGGAGAACACGACUGCUUUUAAAUUAAGCUCUGUAACAUUCCAGCCUCUGAGCUCCUAUCUGAUGUCUUGCAAUGCACACUUACGGAUUGGUUUGAAUUGUUUAAUAGUAGUAUUGUAGAAUAAAAAAGAAAUUGUUGAAAAAUA